AUCCCACGACUUCCAAUCCAAGACCUCUCCCACCCUUUUCCCCCACACACAAUUCUACAGCUCUGAUGGCGUCCCGGCGGCUAGCACUCAACCUUUCAAAGGGUCUGCGUCACCGCGCUGCCCGCGAUGUAGUGUCUCCUCUACGAAGGGGUUUUGCGACUCCGGUGGUGAAAAAUGGCGUCAAGACAGAAACUACAACCCUCUCCAAUGGCUUGACCGUAGGGCUCCCAUCGAAUUGGCUCGCUUUCCAUCCGCUGACGCAUGCAGAUUGCUUCAGAAUACUCCCCUUGGGCGCAGACGUCGACGGUGGGUGUGUGGAUUGAUGCUGGAUCCCGAGCAGAGACAGACCGAACAAAUGGCACAGCCCACUUCCUGGAACAUCUCGCAUUCAAGGUACGGCAGAAUUGGGUCAGAAGGGAACUCGAUUGGGACUGACAAGGUCUUUAGGGCACUACCAAACGAACGCAGCAUCAAUUGGAGCUGGAAAUCGAGAACAUGGGUGGACACUUGAACGCAUACACAUCUGUACGUUGGGCGGGCUUGGGGAGGAAGAGAUUUGCUGAUAUCACCACAGCGUGAAAACACCGUAUAUUACGCCAAAGCUUUCAAUGCCGAUGUACCUGCGACCGUUGACAUCCUCUCCGAUAUUCUCCAAAACUCGAAGCUCGAGCAAAGCGCCGUUGACCGAGAGCGUGAUGUUAUUUUGAGAGAGUCAGAGGAGGUGAACAAGCAAUUGGAGGAAGUUGUAUUCGAUCACUUACACGCCACUGCAUUCCAAGGUCAACCAUUAGGACGAACGAUUUUAGGACCAGAGGAGAACAUUUCAACUAUCCAAAGAGACGAUUUGACCAACUACAUCAAGACCAACUACACCGCAGACCGCAUGGUUUUGGUUGGAGCUGGAGGUGUUCCUCAUAAACAACUCGUUGAGCUUGCUGAGAAGCACUUCUCCGGCCUCCCAUCACAACCUCUUACCAGCUCCGCCGCCGCAGUUGCUGCCGCACAAAAGGCAAAGCCACAAUUCGUUGGCUCUGAAAUUAGAGUCCGUGAUGACAGCAUUCCUACUGCAAACAUUGCGAUUGCUGUCGAGGGUGUGAGCUGGAAGGAUGAUGAUUAUUUCACUGCUCUCGUCACACAGGCAAUUGUUGGAAACUGGGACAAAGCAAUGGGCAAUGCUCCUCACAUGGGUAGCAAGCUCAGUGGAUUUGUUCACCAAAACAACUUGGCCAACAGCUUCAUGAGCUUUUCAACAACCUACAGCGAUACUGGGUAUAAGCCGAUCUCUACGUUGGUAUCUUAAACUCUGCUAACAAUUCCUAGUCUCUGGGGUAUCUACCUUGUUACUGAUCAGCUUACCCGUAUCGAUGAUCUUGUUCAUUUCACCCUCCGUGAGUGGUCCCGAUUAUGUUAUAACGUCACCGAGGCCGAGGUAGAGCGUGCCAAGGCUCAACUGAAGGCAUCUCUUCUUUUGUCUUUGGACGGUACCACGGCUGUUGCUGAGGAUAUUGGACGACAAAUUAUUACCACUGGACGCCGAAUGGGACCAGAGGAGAUUGAGAGAGUGGUUGGUGCUAUCACAGAAAAGGAUGUUAUGAGCUUUGCUCAGCGAAAGAUUUGGGAUCAGGAUAUUGCUGUCAGUGCUGUCGGAAGCAUUGAAGGUCUUCUUGAUUACAACAGGUACGUUUUCCUCGUCAUUUUAGUCAUUCAACAACUAACCAUUCUGCAGAAUUAGAAAUGAUAUGUCGAGGAAUGCAUAAGCGUGGUUGUGUUUUGG